UUGUUUAUUAAUUUACUACUCAAAAUUAAAAUAUUAAGAAUGGAAAAUAUUAAUGAAGAUAUAUGGAUAAAUAUCCUGAAGUUCCUGCCCAUGAGUGAUCAGUUAUCGCUGGCCCAAGUCAACGAACGAGUCUCGUACUACGUAAUAUACCACUGGACUCGUCUAAAAUCAGCGACCCUUAACCGAGACGACCUGGAAUUGCUGGACAGAAUUGAGAAACUGAUGCAGGAUUGCCUAAAUAGUUGGUCGGGAUCGGUGGAGCGGUUAAAUCUACCCAGUGCCAGUAGAGAUCUGCUGGCGAAGUGGAAGGAUUAUAGAUUUCCCAACCUCCGAUCGCUCGACUGCCAAAUGGACUACAACCUCGAGGAGGCCGACGAGGAGACCCUGCUGCUGACCGAGCUGUUCCCCCACCUGACCAGCCUCACCCUCAAUAGCAGCACCACAGGGCGUUACUUGUGGCGCUGGGCGCAGCUGAAGGAGCUGAAUCUCACCUGGUGCGAGUACCUGGAAACGGGCCACUUUGAGGAGAUCUUCGGCAGCCUAAAGCUGACCAAGCUGACCCUGCUUUACUAUGGAUACAAUGUGAAUCUGGGCGAGGGGGUGGUGGCCGUCACCCGGUGUUCCACGCUGGAGGAGCUGAUCAUCGACGACCACCACUUGCUGGACGACUUCAUGCCGCGACUGUUGAAUCUGCCGCACUUCCGCCGCCUGGCCUUCUACACGCGGGACUACCAUGAGUUCCUGCUGCAUAUGGUGGCAUGGCACAAGCCGCUCAAGGUGCGAUCGCUGCUCUUCAACGACUCCUUCUGGAGCAGUGAACGGAUGACGGAAAGUAUCCUGCACAUGACCAAUCUUCGCCGGCUGGCCCUGCACGAAGAUGACAUCGAUUCGCACGCGCUGCAUGCCAUAUGCCACAAGCUGCCCAAACUGGAGGAGCUGCAUUUGCUGCAGAUGCGCGAUGUACCCUCGCCCACCCAUUUGUGGAAUUGUAUAGAUUUGUGUCCCACGCUCAGGAUCCUCAACCUGUCGUCUUCCAAGAUGAGCUGUCAGUCGGUGGAUCCUAGCAACCCGCACAUCUCAAAUAUUCUGGUCAAACGCAGCUAUCCGCUGACGCUGCAUCUCCACAACACAGGAUUGGAUCCCGAAAAGAUUCUACCGACUGUGGAUUAUCCUAAUUUAAAAAUCACAUUCGAACCCAUACUUUUGGAUAUUUGGAGCUCACGAUUUGUGGAAAUCGAAUUACAUUCUGAAUAAAUUAACAUAAGUUUCAACUGUUUACUAAUAUUAGUAGUAAAAAACCGACUCAGAUUGCAAUAAAUCCCCAGGUAAUCGCAUUUCACACAAAUGAAGUUUAAUCAGUUCCACAGAAAAACAUUAAAAAAUA